AUGUUCGCCCGUCCUAGACCCAAGAAGAGCAUCCUGCCGCCGCUGUCCAGGAAGCGCAAGACCACACAUGCGAUCGAGGAGAUCAACUUUGACCAGGAUGCUCGGCAAGACUACCUGACCGGAUUCCACAAGCGGAAGCUGCAGCGGACCAAGAAGGCGCAGGAGGAGGCUGCCAAGAGAGAGCGCCAGGAGAAACUCGAUACCAGGAAACAGCUGCGUGAAGGCAGGAAAAGAGAGGUGGAAGACCACGUAGACCACGUCAACAAGCUGCUGCGGGAGGCCGCGCGGGCGGGCGGCGUCAGCGACCAGGAGGGCUCGGACGACGACGAGGCCGACGAGUGGGACGGGCUGCCGGACGCGCCGGCGCCGGCGCCGCUGGACCAGGCGAUAGACCACGAGGAGGAGUACAUCGACGAGGACAAGUACACAUCCGUGACGGUCGAGUCGGUCAGCGUCUCGCGCGACGGGCUGCACAAGCCCGAGGAGGAGCCGUCGUCCGAGGACGAGGCCGAGCGGGUGCGCAGGGAGGCCGAGGCCCGGGUGGCGGCCGAGAGGGAGAAGGCGGCCCGUCCGCCCAAGAAGAAGAAGCCCAAGUUCCGGUACGAGACGAAACACGAGAGGUCCAUCACCAACAAGAAGCAGAAGAUAAAAAAGGCAAAGGCGAGGGACAGCCGUCUUGAGCGGUAA